GUUACAUACUGCAACAGCUAUCCUAUUGAAGCUUUUCCAGCUCGGCCACGUGUGUCUACUCCAUAUGAUGUGAAUGACAUUCCAGUACUUUUACACUGGAUAGAAGGACAUGCAUCAAAUUCAUUGGGAGCAUCACUUUUCAUCCAAACAUCAGGAGAUUUGGAGAACAACCAGUCGACUGUUUCCCAGUUACACAAUUGUGGAACUGCUAUUGCCUUCCACAGAGAGAAUCCAACCAUUUUUCUAGUGGGAGUAGAGGAAGGAAUGAUCUAUAAGUGUUCAAGUAUAUACUCAAGUCCCUUCUUGGCUACAUACAAAGCCCAUUAUCUAAGCAUUUAUUCCAUAGAGUGGAAUUAUUACCAUCCAAGAGUGUUUAUUUCAUGUAGUGCAGACUGGAUGGUUUGCAUCUGGGACCACACAUGCAGUGCUCCAGUGUUUACUUUUGACUUGCAUACAGAAGUAGGGGACAUAGCAUGGGCUCCUUACUCCUCUACAGUGUUUGCUGCUGUUACAGCUGAUGGAAAGGUUCAUAUCUACGAUCUUAGUGUGAAUAAACAUUUGCCAAUCUGUCAACAAACUGUGGUACAGAAAAAGAAAACCAAGUUGACUAAAGUGGCAUUUAAUCCUUCCUAUCCAAUUUUGUGUGUUGGGGAUGAAAGAGGACUGGUAAUAAGCCUAAAGCUCUCUCCAAACCUUCGAAAGAACCUCAAGGACAUCAAAAAUGUGGAUCCUGUAAAGUUUAAAGAAGUAGAAGUAGAAAAGAUGGAUAAGUUAUUGGAACUUGCGUGUGAUCCUGUAAUUAGGGAGAAUUGAAGAAAUGGAGAUAAAUAGAAUGAGUAAAAUAAUUCAAAGGAAGGAAGGAAGAAAAUAAAGAACCAACUAAUAGUUGUGAUAGUUUGGUUAUGUUUGAUAUAAAUUAAAACAUGUACCUAAGUAUUUUAUUGUGAAAUAAGAAAUUAUUUACUAUUAAAUAAAGUAUUCUUAUUGUUUACAUGUCAGUAUUAUGAACAUAAUAUUCAUUGUUUAAUUUGAAUUAAAAGGUUUUAGAAAUAUCAGAAAAAUGUAUGAGAUAUAAUAUGCUCACCAUUUUAACAGAAACAGAACUUUAAAAUGGCUACUUAAAUAAAGAUAUUUGUUAUAUGUUAUUAAAAACAGGUAUUGUUUUUGUACAUUUAUUAUUUUCUUCAAUUAAUAACAAGAUGGUUCAAAAGAAAAAUGUGACCAUUGCUAUUUAGACAUAAAUGAUUUCACAGCAAAUGCCUAUUAAAACAAAAUACACAACUGUUAACUGCUUCACAUUUUUACUAGGUACCAUUAUACAAAAUUAUUAGAUUUGAAAGUUUCUUAUUCAGCCACACAUGUGAAUGAACUUUGAACCCUAAUCUUUUUUGUUCACUAUUUUGUGAGAAGUAUUAAGAUCUGAAAUACAGUAAUCAGUAGCUUGAAGUGCAUUUUGCUUGUGAUCUUUGCUGCUUGUAUGAGUAGAAGAAAACCACAUGCUAGAUGCAACCAAAAGUCAUUGUAAGUAACUAGGUAACCUCACCUACGUUCAUGUAUUUCAAAAGUAAAUUACUACUUAAACGUUACAAUUUAUGAUAAAAUUUACAUGACUAAUGCAUCAUAGGCUAACCAAACAAAUACUAAUUAAUGGAUUUUGUUUUCUUCUGUUAAAUUUUGCUCACUUUAUUAUUAUCCUAUAAAAUGUUACUUUACUGUUAAUAAUUUCAAAUUCGUACAAAUCACAAUCUGCACUAUGAAUUUCAGCAUGGCGUUCAGUUAUAAAAUCCACCAUUGAUCUUUAAACACAAAGAAUCACAUGCUUUGUAUUGAAGGCAAAUGUUUCUUAGCAAAUAAUGUUUGUAUGUGUGUAAUAUGUGAAUACUGGUUUAAAGAAUUCAUAUGAUAAGUAAAAAAUGAAAAUGUUUAUUAAUCAACAUUCUGUUUUAGGCUUUAUUUAAGAUGAAACAUUUUACAGGAACUAGUAUACUACAGUUAUUGGGUAGUUCUAAUAGUUAGAAUUAAUGGCUAUUCUAAAGUUAACAUUUUUGUUUGUUAUAUAUGACUGUUUAAGUUAAUGCAAGUGUUAUGAUUCAAAUAGUUUAAGUAUAGCAUGAGUGUUAAGUUUAAUUAUUUUUAGAAGUGUUUGUUUGUUUGUAAUUAAGCACAAAGCUACACA